UAAAAUAGCUUGAUGAGAGAAGGCGAUUUGAGCAAAAUGCGCGAGCGAUUCGCUUUCUUUCUCCACAAGAAGUUCUACCUUCGCUCGCGCGUUAUCUGUUAUCUGCGUGCUUUCGUGAUUUGCUACCUUGUCAAAAAAAAUGCGAGCGUCAUCACGGGAAAACCAGUAGAAAUUCGUUUACAAUGUCGCGAGCGAUUUUCGAUUCUAUGUUAUUCUUUAACUGCUCAAACGUAGGAAUUAAUUUUGACUGUAUUUUUUCCAUCGCUCAUUAGGCGCUUUGCGCGCCACGGUAGGCAUUUCCCAGCAUUGUAAAUCAUAAAAGGCUAUUUUUGAAGUCCCUUGGCUAUUUUUUUUUUUUACAUCAUGAAGCGCUCGGAUUUUACUUUCAUCAAUGAGGUAGAGCCAGGGACAAGCAGUGGCGAUGGAAUGACUGUUGGAUCUCAAAAUGCGGGGACUUCUUCAGAAGGCGAAUCUAAUGAAUACCUUAGAGAUAGCACAGGAGGGCUAAACAAAGUUGCUGUGAAGUCGAGAGCUUCAGAGAAAGGGAAAAAACAGACAUCUCCCAGUGCUCCUACUUUUACGAUUGUCGAUAUCGACCUGGAUAGAAGAAGGCCUACAAAGCUUGAACCUAUUACUCAUGUUAAUUUUGAGGGUAACAAUGAGCAAACGAAGGUGAGCCCGAAUGCAAGAAUGGAAUCAAUAGACAACCAAGCAUCAGCUCAUGAGAUAGAAAUGGAUGAUCUUAUCAAAGGACAUUCAGAACGGAGAUCUGCUAGUGUCUGGGAAAAAGGAAGUGAACCAAAUGCAAAUGCUCGUCACCGGCAUCAUUUAUCGUUGAGUUUUCCGCAUUUAUCCAUAGAUGGAGCUGCUUUUCAAAGUGCUAUUGAGAUGCGUUUAAAGUCUUGGCUCAAACCCAUGGACAAUAAAAUGAACAUGAAGGUAUUUGGCAGCAAAAGAGCUAUGAAAGAUGAGCAACUGAGAUAUAGUCGCGCCGGCUGGGUUAUUCAUCCUACUAGCAUUUUUAGGCUUUACUGGGACAUGUGGGUGCUGUUAUUACUUCUUAUCAAUUUGUUUGCUCUCCCGGUGCUCAUCUCGUUUUUCGCCGACAAUGUCAGCGCUCGAUGGAUUGCGUUCAAUGCGGUGUCCGACACUGCGUUUUUACUGGACAUUCUUUUGAACUUUCGAACAGGGGUUCUAGUGCACGGAUCACCAAACAAGUUCAUUCUGGAUCCAAAAAUCAUCGCAAAAAGGUACCUUAAGACGUGGUUCUUCAUCGAUCUCAUCUCGAGUCUACCGAUCGACUAUAUCGUUGAAGCAGCCACACAAUCUUCAACCAAAUCCCUGAUUGGCGCCACACGUACACUAAAGCUCUUGAGAUUCGCCAAGCUCCUCGGCCUACUCAAGCUUUUGCGCCUGUCUCGUCUUGUGCGAUACGUUCAACAAUAUGAAGAGAUCCUGAAUGUGACGCGGUCAGUUAUUCGCUUCAUCAAUCUUGUCAGCAUCAUCUUGUUGAUUGCCCACUGGAAUGGCUGCCUGCAGUUUUUGGUCCCUUACUUGCAGGACUUCCCCGAAACAUCAUGGGUCUCAAUACACAAUCUCAUGGAUAAUGACUGGUGGGAACAAUACUGCUGGUCCCUAUUCAAGGCGAUGUCCCACAUGCUCUGCAUUGGAUACGGCCGCUACCCUCCGCAGAACAUCGCCGAAGUGUGGGUAACAACCUUCAGCAUGCUGACGGGAGCGACGUUUUACGCGAUGUUCAUUGCCUACUGCAUCAACUUCAUUCAGCAACUGGAUUCACCCGGGAGAAACUACAGAGAAAAGAUUCAGCAGAUAGAGGAGUACAUGUCGUACCGUCGACUCCCGGUCGAGCUGCGCGACCGAAUGACGAAGUACUACGACCACCGUUAUCAGGGGCGCAUGUUUGACGAGGAGAAGAUACUUCACGAAAUCUCAAAACCCCUCAGAGAGCAAAUUAUAAACUACAACUGUCGAGAUCUCGUCCAGUCGGUACCGUUCUUCACGGAGGCGGAGCCCGAUUUCGUAUCUGCCAUCAUCACCAGGCUCUCGUUUGAGGUGUACCUUGAAGGGGACAUCAUUGUCAGAGAAGGGGAACUCGGUACCGAGAUGUACUUCCUUAGGGAGGGCGUGGUUAGCGUGACGGUGGGUGGCAAGCAUGCUAACGAACUCUGCGACGGUGCCUACUUCGGAGAAAUCUGUUUACUGACGAACGCACGGCGCACUGCGAGCGUGACGGCGAAGACGGUUUGCGAUGUUUUUAUUCUAAACGCCGAGCAUUUCCGAGACGUCGUCGACGAGUUCCCGACAAUGCGAAUCUUAAUGGAAAUAGUCGCUGAAGACAGGUUGAACAAGAUGGGAAAACCAGUCCAGCUGUCGACUUUAAACGCAAACUCAGGUCAGGUUAGGUUUGCGAGCUCUACUGAGAACUUCCCAACCGCUAGUCUUGGUGCGUCAACCUCAACCGCAAGGCGGGCCUCGCUCGAUGACGCACGGUACAGAAGGCCAUCUAAUGUAUGAUAAGAGAAAGACUACCGCGAUGGAAUUAAUUAUCUUUUAUUUAACCGAGAGUAUUUCAUUAUUGUCGAGUAUUGUAUUUUCCAAAUAAAAUAUGGAUUUUUUUAAACUGUAUUGUUGCCCUGUUCAUAGCUCGACUAUUUGUUUUUUUUUUUUAGAUAUGUAAAUAUUUAUUAUUACUGUAAACGUGGAAAUUUUGACGUGCAUUGUCGAUUUUUACGCGGUUUUAUAUUAGCGGGUUUUUUUACCGUUGAUAAUUCAUUUUUUUAAUUGUUGAUAAUUCAAUUUUUCCACGUUUAACAGUAUUAAAAAAAACAAUUAAUAUUUGUUUCUCGAACAAAAUAAGGUAUGUGUAGUCAAAGGACAAAUUUUGUUUACACCUGUUAAGAGAUUUAUAUGAGAAACAUAUAAUAUGGCUUUGGGAUUUUAAUUAAAAGUGUAAAAAUAAUAUCAGAAGAAGGUUUAAGAAAUAAAAAUGGGAGAUUGAUGA